AUGACGACCAAAACAUUCACCCCGGUCUCCCCGACCAGCUGGAUCGCCCCGCGCCAAGUCUCCUCCAUCUUCCUUAUCAUCCUCCUCUACACAGCGGCAACCCCCUUCGCGCCCGUCUCCUGGCUCACCGGCCCCGUCGAAAUGUCGGGCGCCUACGUUCUCGACCGGCUCGUAGCCGGCAUCAUCCUGGCCUGCGCCUGCUACUUCCAAUGGGCGAUCGCCUCGUUGCGCGCCGCCGUUAUCGUGUCGCUGCCGUCGCUGUCCGUCGGCGGCGGGAGCACGACGCGCGUGGUGAAUGGGCGCGUGGAGACGGUGCGGACUACGGGCGGGGUGGAUUCGAUUCCGUUGUGGAUGUGGCAGACGGGGGAUUAUUGGCAGUUUGCGCUGGUUGAGGCUGGGUUGUUGGCGGUUGCGGAGUUUUGGGGAGGGGAGGUUCUGAGGAGGGUGAUUGUGGGUGGGGUGGUUGGGAUGUUGUGGUUGGUGGGAUGGUCGGCGACGCCGAGGUCGUUGAAGACGUGGGCGUGGGAGCAUAUUAAGGCGUAUAUGUUUUGGAUUAUUUUGGAUGAGAUUUUCAAUGUUGGGUAUGGUAUGUUCCGGGGGGCUGCGGGUGGUGGUGCGCGGAGGAGACGUGGGCGGUUUUAG